AAUUGAAACAGUGGUUGAAAAGGAAAACAGGAAGGUAUCAUCGCCUGGGAAUGAUCAGUCGUGCGCUUUUUGUGAGAUGGCUGUUAUUUGGAUCCAGAAUCAGCUAAGGGAAAAGGGAACGAAGGACCAAGUACUCAAAUAUGUGAAUGAGCUCUGUGAGAGCCUGCCAAGUCCAUCGGGUGAAUCAGUAAUAGAAUGUGAUAGCAUUUCAAACAUACCAGACAUUGCAUUCACCAUCGGGAACAAAUCUUUUGUCCUCACUCCAGAACAGUACAUUCUGAGAAUUGGAGAAGGCAUUGCUACUGUUUGCAUCAGUGGAUUUAUAGCUAUAGAUAUCGCUCCUCCACUAGGUCCUCUGUGGUAUCUUAUCCCAACCAUUGCUAAUGCUCAUAUAUAA